CAGCGCUUUGCGGCGCUGCGCGGCCGCGGCGCUUUACGGCAGUGCGACCCGGUAGCGGCGGGCGGCGGCCCACCCCGGGCGGAGCGCCAUGAGCUUUUACGACGUGUUUCGUGGCUUCUUCGGGUUCCCGGGCCGGCACAGGCCCCGGGACCCGCUGUUCGGCGGCACGGCGUGGGACGAGGAGGAGGAGGAGGAUGAUGACGGCCCGACCCCGCCGCAGCCCCCCCACGACUUUGCCUUCGGCUUCGGCUUCAGCCCUGACGGGACCCGCGGCGCCUUCGAGGAGCUGUUCCGGGACAUGGGCGAGCUCCUGGGGGUCUUUGGGGGGAGCUGGGCCAGGCCCCCGCCACCCCUCGAGCCCCCCCUGCCCGGCCCCAGUGAGGGCAGUGCGGGGCGGCCGCUGCGGGACUCCAUGCUGAAGCAGCCGGACGCUCCCAGCGCGGUUCCAGGGGGGCCUGAGGGUGCCAGGGACCCUCCCCGGCCCUGGAGACCCUUCCUGGGGCUGGACGAUGCUCCCCCAGCUUCUCCUGGCCCGAAGGAAGACCAGGACUUGGAUUCCCACGUCUCCUCCGCGGGAUUGGGGACCAUCUUGAAACCUGACGAGCCCAAGUCCCGCUCUUACUUCCAGAGCGUCUCCGUCACCAAAGUGACUCUCCCGGAUGGGGCGGUGGAGGAGCGUCGGACCGUGCAGGACAGCCAGGGCCGCCGGGAGACAACAGUGACUCGCCGGAGGGGGGAUCAGGCCUUCAUCACCACCACCAAGGAGGAUGGGCAGAGCAAGGACUACCGGGAGGAGGUGGUCAACAUGGAUGACCGGGAGCUGGCGCAGUUCGCGGGCACGUGGCCACAGCAAGACGAGCUCUGCGCUCCCAAACUGAGCGACCCCUCGUCCGUGCUGGGCAAUUUCUUCCGACGCUGGUUCUCGAGCUGAUAGCUGUGCCCCCGCCCCGGCUGCGCACCCCAUGGGUCAGAUCCUGCUAGGAGCUGGCGCCUGCCCGCCUUCAGGGGUGCUGCGGAGCUGUGGGGGCAGAACGUGUGUGUGUGCGUGCGCACGUGUGUACAGAGCAAUAAAGUCUAUUUAUGCUAA